GCCAGAAUGUUUUUUUUUUAUUCUCUUAGUUUCUUCAGAUAUGAGGGGUGGGUACCCUGUGGGCGAUACCUUUCUCACAAAUAUCAAGAUGGCGGAGUUUGUUUGCUACAAAUGAAAAGUUGCAUCUGAAAUGGAGUUUGAAGAUAUCCAGGUCGAAUUUAAGAAAUAUUCAGAAGAACCUCUUAAAAUAGUAGAGAAGCUAAAAGCCAACAGGGAAGUCAUUAAAGGAAUCAUUGAAAAUUUACCAAAGAAUUAUGCUAAUCAGGUUAGCCAUCCCAUUUGCAGCUCAUUUUUUGAGUUGUAUCGCACUGGGAAUAGGGAUGCAAUGAACUUUGUGUUACAAUUUGUUCCUGUUCUGAUAUGGACAUACCUGGCAGCCACAUGCCGAAGAGAUAAACAGGGAUACGGAGAGUUAGAGGCUAUAUUGCUGGCCAUUUAUAAUUCAGUUGUUAUGGAUAAUAAAGGCAUAGAAAAAACGUUUCGGCUGCCAUCGUUAUCCAGACCAUCAAUGUAUCACGAGCCCUCCAUUGGAGUAUCCUCUAUGCCUGCCCUGACGGAGAGUGUCUUGAGUCGACAUGAGCAGAGUGAGACUCCUAUUGUAAUAAAUGGCCCUAACAAGCAACUUACCAGAAUCUCUGCUGGCUACAGAAUGUCAGUGUUGUGUACUGUGUUAAGUCAGUAUAACAGCAGCAUAGCACUGAUGAAUGAAGACUCCCACACAAGCUAUUGUAUAAUGGCUCACAGGAUUGCCAAAGCUGGAUUUUCCAAGUUGUGCCGCAAGGAUUCCACAGAUUGUAAUGGCUUCUUAAGCAAUGAAGAACUACAGUCUCUAAGCAACCACCCAAGAGUUCCUAUAGUUGCACCUUUAAUACAAGAAAUUACACAUGGAUUAUAUUACCUGUUAUACAACGGACAGCCCGAUAUUGCUAAAACAGCGCUGGAACAAUUGGAUUUUCGCGUAGCACAUGGCCUUCUUGCUCCAGCUCAUGUGUUGACGAAUGCUGUGGUGCAUUCCCAAUCAAUAACUGAUGCUGCCCCCAAGGAAGGUCCCCUUGGGUUGCAAGUGCUCAUCCCCUCGGCGGAUACUCAAAUUGUGACCCCUUCGCCUACCAUGAAGACUCUUAAACUACCAGAGAGUUCCUCGAGUCUAGCAGCUCUCUCCACGCAUGGAAUGACCGCAAAACCUUACAGACAGACGAGUGACGUCGACUUGAAUAAAAACGGCUCGUAUUCCACAGUCGACGGAGCCUAUAACCCAGAGACUCCCACUCAAGACCAAAGUAAAACUCACAAGAAAGCCAGCAGCCUGGGCCACUGGAAGCUCCCGUUUCUUACCACCAAGGGCGAGAUGGAGUUAACGCCCUUAAAACCUGAGGAGGGGAGGGGUGGGGACGGUAGAGUCUUUAUUUCGGAAGAGAACUUGUCACAUGGUAGCGUGACGUUGACCAAAGUUAGUAGAGACGACACAGGGGUGUAACCAGUGAUGACGGCAAAGGGGAAACGGGGCGACCACAACCUAAAAAUCACCCUGUCGGGCAACGUCUCGCUGCCGUGUUGUGUUUGCAGGGAAAUGAAAGCCAGAGAAACAAAGGAAACCGGAAAGAAGUUCGACGAGCGAGUCGUUGACCGUGCGAAUAGUGGGGGUAAUGGGUCACACGUCGGACUUCUCGACAGUCUCUCCUUCAGGUUACUUUUCCCUGAAAAAAACGGGAAGCACAAGGAAUUUAUGUUUAACGCAGAAUAAUUUGGAGCUUGGUGCUCCUGGCUCGUAUCCAGGCGCUUACUAGCGUUACCGGACUCAGCGCGCAGGGGGGAACGAAAAACAUUUCUCCCGUUGACCCUUCCCUUCCCUUGCGCCAGCGCUAAACCUUCCAAUGACUCAUUGCGGUCACUAGUAUACUUUUCACCUGUUUUUACUUACUUGAGACGCCUGGGUACAAGACAGUUGGUGCUCCAAACUCUGAUGAAAUCUUUUGUUUUUAGAGUCAUGCAGAUCAUGAUCAUUAAUUGCGUCAUAAUUUUUUCGUUUGAACGUGCACGCGCGCGGAAAAAUGGUUACCCACAGGUAACCCAAGCUCAGCGACCUUGUAUAAGAGGUCGUUCUGUAUGUGAGACGCCAAUGCACCCUUAGAGGCAUUUGGGGUAAAAUACAGGGGUGGAUACAGGAUCAAAACUGCGUGUUAGCCCAUGUGCCUACUCUGAUAACCAAUGAACUGGGUAUCCGCAUUACGAAAGACUGAUUAAACCGACCUAGUCCUUUGAUACAAAGAUAAAUUGUUGAAGAAAUUAAGAGAUAACAUUCUAAAAACAAGGUUUUAUCAUUCAUUUAGUAUAUAUUCCAUCGGAAAUAUCGAAAUAAACACGAGGUUCCGCUAUAAGAGGGAAAGCUCCUCCCAUCCCCGGACUCAAGAACAAUCAGUUAUCAACCAGCCGCCAAUGAGUUAACAUGGUAGGACAAUUGCUUUGAGCGCUAGAUUCAAAUUUCAUAUUCUAAACCAAAUUAAACGUCAUUCCUAGAUUUAUCCAUCUAAAAUAAUUUAAAAUUUUGCUCUAAAGAAGUGAGUGGACAGCAAAUCACUAAUUCAUCAAUCUCUUAACACAACUGUCUCGUUACCUGUGCAAAAAAAAGUUUUAUUUUAGCCAACUAAGGCUCAGAGAUAAGCAAUUUUACAUAGGAGACUUUGCUGACUUCUAGGGUGGCAGUGUUCUGAUUAUAAUUGCAAAUUUGAGCCCGGGGUGAGAGGAGCUUUCCCUUUUAUAGCGGAACCUCGUGUUUAAGACUUUUUGCUAGGACGGCUAAACUGAAGCUUGUAGAGAGACGGUAAUUUUAUAGUGGGUUAGGGAACACGGGGGAAAUGUUUGCGUAUGUACAGAAGAACCCAUAAUUAGAACAGUUCCAAACGUUUUAA